AUGGAGAGAGUUUUAAUUGAUUUUCAAGAAAUGUUCAGGAUAGUGGUUACAUAUCCUUGGUCCUUGAAUGUGGAGAAGUGGCUACAAAACUGUGAACAGAGCACACUGAAGGACAAAACGUUAGAGCACAUUGAAGGUUACAUAUCCUUCGUCCUGUGUAUUGCCGCUGGAGAAGUGGUGAAUGAGUUGGUAUGGUUCUCUGACGGCAAGAAGCAUGUUCUUCUCAUGACCCUUCAAAAUGCACCACCAGGUCUUGACUAUGACCGCGAUAGAAAAUUCUCAAAGUCUUUGAAGGAAAUGGUUGCAAUGUGCUUGGUAAAAGAUCAAACUAAGCGGCCAACAGCUGAGAAGUUACUAAAGCAUUCGUUUUUCAAGAACACAAAGGCCCCACAGCUGACAGUUAAGAGCAUCUUAACCGAUUUGCCCCCUCUGUGGGAUCGUGUGAAGGCACUCCAGCAAAAAGAUGCAGCACACCUGGCUUCAUCUGAACAGGAAGCACUUUCCAUGAGUGAGUAUCAACGAGGUGUCAGCGCAUGGCACUUUGAUAUUGAGGAUCUCAAGGCUCAAGCAUUACUGAUUAAUGAUGACGAUCCACCUGAAUUGAAGGAAGAUGAUGACAGUGUCCGAAUAAAUGAAGUUGAUAAGGGCACAUCUUUUGAGAGUCAUUUUGGACAAUCAACGCUUCUGAAUGGAAAUAACCACAGGUUGAAUCAUGAACGAACUUGUACCACUGCAGUAAAUCCAGGUGGAAAUGGCCCUGAAACAAGUGAUGGAUUCGCUUCUGACCUUGGCAAUGCUGAUAGUCCAAGGAUGGUUGAUGGACACGUAAAGCAAGGAACAGAAAAUGAUUCAUUGUCCUCUACAUCGAAGCAAGGUUCUGAGGGUGGAAACCGCAGGAGUGAAGUUAGACAAAGACAAAGGACAUUCUCUGGUCCGGUUAUGUAUUCUGGUACCCGCAGUAGUUCACUGAUUGAAAGAGGUUAUAUUAUUGAUAAGGAUGCAGGAGUUCGAUCACCUAAUAAACAAAAGAGUGACACGGGAAGAAUCGAUGAUCUUAGUGGUCCGCUUUCACUUUCAACUCGUGCUUCUGCAAAUAGUCUGUCUGCCCCUAUUCGGUCUUCUGGAGGAUAUGUGGGCUCCUUGGGAGACAAACCUAGGGUGGAAAUAAAAGGCCGAUUUUCCGUAACAUCUGAAAAUGUGGAUCUGGCGAAGGUUCAGGAAAUUCCAGUGGUCAAAAUUUCACCUAAACCACAGGAGGUAAGAACUCAGGUCUCUACAAUGAAAAGAUCAGCCAGUGUUGGUGCUUGGCCAGUGAAGGCUAAGUCAAUGGUAUGCUUUCAUGUUGCCUGAAGUAUCAUUUGUGGAAAGA